GUUGCCUGGGAGAGCAGCCGGGGAGGGACGGGCGCGGUUGUCACCCCGGAGCUCCCCGCGGGAAGCGGCUCUGCCGGCUCAGCCCUGAGCUGGAGCCGGAGCUCCGAGCCUGCCCCCCGCCUCACGCCGGCCAGGGCCCCGCGACCCUCCCGCAGCGCCGGCCGGAGGAUGAACUUUACCCGGAGCUGGAGGAUGCUGCGCGGGCUGCCCGCGGGAGCCGAGCGGCUGCACUGAGUUCGCCACCCGGCGCCACUCGCACCUGCCGCUGAGAGGAGCAUCUGCGGGGCCGGGAGUCCAGGCGCCUCCGCUCCCCCCCUCCCCCCGCCGCGCCAUGGGGGGCGCGGGGCUCCGGGCUCAGCCCUCGCCUUGACAGCUCGAGAGACCCCGGCUGCGGGCUGCACCCGCCUGCGUCUCGGCCCCGCUCCUUGCACGCCUCCCACCUGCGCCUCUCCCCCAGCCCUGGCACGGCUGCCCGGAGCACUCCCGCUGCCCGCUCCGCAGCGCCCGGGGCUGGCUUCCCUGUGCGUUCAGCCCGCUGGGGAUGAAGCCCUCCGCAGGGGGGGCUGCUAAGUGAACCCCACUGGUCUCCUGGGGGCUUCUUCGCCCUCUGCCCGCCCGCGUCCUCCCUCCGCUGGCUCCGAUGGGGCUGGAAGUGCAGCCCCUCGCCGCCCCCCACACCAGGCUCUUCAAGCUGAGGGAAGUUCGCAAGAGGCGAGAGAUGCUGCUGCCGCAACUGGGCUUCAUCUGCGCCAUCCUCUUCUUUGUGUGGUGCAUGUCCAGCCUGCUCUCCAAGCUAGGACAAGAAUCCACUAUUACAGACAAAAAUGUUUUGUCAGCAAUAUGGAGGAACAGAAGAUUGAUGGCCUCACAUAAUGUGACACAUGAAGAAAAGAACUGUACAGAGCCAGCAAUUAAUGAAUUUCCUGAAGAUGUAUUUACAAAUAAGGAGCGGCAGGAGGGAGCAGUGCUGUUUCAUAUUAUAGGUGCUCUUUAUAUGUUCUAUGCCUUGGCUAUAGUAUGUGAUGACUUCUUUGUUCCCUCAUUAGAGAAAAUUUGUGAGAAAUUACACUUGAGUGAAGAUGUUGCUGGAGCCACUUUCAUGGCCGCAGGAAGCUCGACCCCAGAGUUAUUUGCAUCUGUUAUAGGUGUAUUUAUCACUCAUGGUGAUGUAGGAAUUGGAACCAUUGUUGGGUCAGCAGUUUUCAACAUCCUUUGCAUUAUUGGUGUCUGUGGGAUAUUUGCGGGACAGGUGGUUCGUCUCACCUGGUGGUCUGUGUUUAGGGACUCAGUGUACUACACGCUUUCUGUGAUCCUUCUUAUCAUUUUCAUACAUGAUGAGCAAAUAGUAUGGUGGGAGAGCCUUGUACUCGUCGUUAUGUACUUCUUCUACAUACUUAUCAUGAAGUUCAAUGUGAAGAUGCAAAAGUUGUUCACCAUCAAAAGCAUGAACGUUGGGAAUGGCAACACAGUCAGCAAUGAGCUGGAAGAUGGUAAUGAAUGUUAUGACAUAAGCUAUGAUGACCCAUCCAUGCCAUUGCUGUGGAAAGUGAAGGGAAAGCAGCAAUAUGGCAAAAACCCUGUGGUAAUGGUGGAUGAGAUCAUCUGCUCCAGUCCCCCAAAAUUCCGCUUCCCUGAAGCUGGCUUACGAAUAAUGAUUACAAAUAAAUUUGGACCCAGAACCAGACUGCGGAUGGCAAGCAGGCUCAUUAUUAACGAGCGUCAGCGACUGAUCCACUCCACCAAUGGCAUGAGCAAAACGCUUCAAAAUGGGAAACAUGAAAAUAUUGAAAAUGGGAACAUCAUUGUGGAAAAUCAAGAGGAGGAGAAUGAGCAUGACAAUGCGUCUCCCUUUUCACCACCAGAUGGAAAAAUGAACAAAGUCAAAUGGAUUUUCACAUGGCCAUUGCUAUUCCUACUCUUUUGUACCAUUCCAAACUGCAGCAAACCGCGUUGGGAGAACUUUUUUAUGCUGACAUUCAUUUUAUCUACUCUGUGGAUUGCUUUGUUCUCCUAUUUUAUGGUGUGGAUGGUUACUAUAAUUGGAUACACUCUGGGGAUCCCUGAUGUUAUCAUGGGCAUUACUUUCCUAGCCGCAGGAACGAGUGUACCAGACUGCAUGGCCAGCUUAAUAGUAGCAAGACAAGGUCUUGGUGAUAUGGCCGUAUCCAAUUCAAUAGGAAGCAAUGUGUUUGACAUUUUAGUAGGCCUUGGCAUACCAUGGGGCAUGCAAACUAUGUUGAUUGAUUAUGGAUCAACGGUUAAGAUAAAUAGCAAGGGACUAGUCUAUUCGGUUGUUCUUCUGCUGGGGUCUGUAGCUCUUACUGUGGGUGGAAUCCAUGUAAAUAAAUGGAAACUUGACAAGAAACUGGGCUUCUACGUGCUGAUUCUUUAUGCCAUUUUCCUGUGUUUCUCUGUACUGAUAGAGUUUAAUGUCUUUACCUUUGUCAACUUUCCAAUGUGCCGAGAAGAUCUUUAAAACAAAUCACAACCAUGAGAAAGGCUGACAUACUCUUGAUUCCUUGUGCUAUAAAUGAUAGACAUUUUAAAUUUCUACCUUCUCAUCAGUAAUCUGAUUUUCUUUCCUGCUUUGUCAUCAACAAGCACUUUUACUUACUUGGAAGGAAAACAAACCUUUCUUUUAACAUGCUUGCUCAAGGCAACCAAAGCAUUUUCCUCUUUGGGUAUUGCUGCUCAGUCAUCCAACUUGUGGACCUCAUGCAGAGUGCUCAAAAGUCCGAUUUUCAUGGUGCUCUGCUGUGGUUUUCAUUCUCCUUAUGCAGACAAUAAUGCACCAAAGUCAAUUGGAACAAGACUAGAAAAAACUCUCCUCUCUCUCUUUCUUUGACAUUUACUGUCCAUGGAAGAAGAAGAGGCUAGCUCAGAACUUUUCUUGGCUACAUGAAAAACAUCAGAACUACAGGACCAGAAAGUCCGAUGCACAUAAUAUGGCAUGCACUGUUGUGGACAUACGUUUUUCCCCUUCAAGUGUUCUGUUUAUAGAGGAACUGCAUUGACAUUUAUAAGCCUUUGUUGGUGAUUUCUGAAUAUUUAAUCACUCUUUUAUUUAAAAAUGUGAAGAACACAUGAACAAUUUUAGAGAGAAAGAAGAGAAAAUGGUUAAUAUUAUAUCACUUUUGAUGAUGCACACUAAGAGAAAUAGAAUCUGAAAUCUUCAAAAGAGAAUAUACGUGCAAAAUAUUCAUACUUGAAACGUGUUUUACCAUCAGCAAGGAAUACUGUACAAAUAUAAACUAACAUUUGUGGAAUAUUAAAGCCUGUAAGUAACAUUUUGCAUUGGCACUAGUAAGCCCACUUGUAAUUUUACAAGAAACUAAAAGAUUAAUGCCCAACGGGGUGCUCAGUUUCUAGUGGCCAUUGUUAUCUGAAAAAUAGAACAUGAACACAUUCCAGACCUUCUUGCAAUAUGAUGCAUCAGGGAUUUUUUGGGGGGGGAUUUAUUUCAUUAUUAGUAUAUUAAUCUAGAAGCUUUUGCAUCUUCUCCAUUUUGUUUUUAUACCUCACAAACUUAAUAGAGAUGGGUACCCAACAUUAAGUAGUGCAGAUAAUAAACAACUCUGACAAGAACAAGUCUGUCAUGGGAAGUAUUUCCUUGAUCAGAUUGUAUGUAGGAAGUUUUAAAGCAUGUCUUUCUUUAGAGCCAAAUUAUUUUAACCCAUAGAACCAGAUUUUGAUUUUCUUUGCACCUGUAUAAGUCUAGAUUAAAACAGUAACUCUGAAUUUUCCUGGGCAUAACUGAGAAAAGAAUCUUGCCCAGAAUAAUGAGUAACAUUACAAAAACUGUGUAAUGCCACAGUUUGAAGUGGUGUUACAAAGAAGAUUCAUCAAAAGAAUUUAAUACAUUUUGAAACUGCUACUUAACUCUAAAAUGUAUUUUAAAGUUGUAUGUGAACAAAACAUGUAAGGUUUCUAAAGAAGCACAAUUAACUUUAUACAUAGAUUUAUUUUUAUUUUUUUAAUGUUUAUAUAGCAAAACAUCUAUCAGAUUACUAAAGAUUUGAUGCAUUUUAAAUGCAUUAAUAUUUUGCACUUAAGAUUAUAUAUCAAGAUGCCCAUUAUUUGUCAACAAAAAUACUUUAAACCCUUAGGUAAUAAAAUUGAUUAGAGAGGUUCCUUUACAUAUAUUACAUUUAUCUGACUAAUAUAUGACCAAUAAUUCCUUUCAAAGCAAAGUUGCAUGCACAAUCUUAAUUACCCCAGGCAAUGUGUUAUAAUUAAGGCUAUUUUUUAUGAGUGUUGGGGGGGUACUAAUCAAUGAAUGUAUUUUGCUGUUGAAUUUUAAUAGGAAUUGAAUCCUUUCAACACAGUCCUAAAGAAAAAGGGCAACAUAUCCGUUGUUUGUCUUACUGUUCUUUGUUACAAACGUCAGUAUUAGUAACCAAGCUAAGUUUUUGAGUUUUCCCCCUCACUCCAGUGGUUGAACUCACCAAUCCUAAAGAUGGCAACAAAUGGCAUUUGAUUAAGAGGCUUUAUCAAAUAGGCAAGUGUCACUGGGAUACAAACGUAAUGGCAUUUAAAAUACCUUCACUGUGGUUUAACAUGGGAAGAGGUGGAAUCCAUGCACACCUGUGAUAUCUUUAUAUUGUAGAAAGGCUGUAAGCCAGGGCUAGAUUUUGCCUCCAGGACACAGCUCCUGUCCUUUUUUCUUCCUUCCAUUCCAGGAGAAUAAUUGUCCUGUUCUGAUAGUAAUUUAUUAUGCCCCUUAUAUUGGCUCGUAUAAGCUGGCUGGCAUGGGAGAGCAGAGUCAAGGCUCCACCCACUCCCCACCUACCUACUCCCGGGUUGGUAGUGGGGAGUAGCAAGCUCACAGUACCCACUCAUAUUCAGACUUAACACCUAGGUAACCCCUGGUGGGGCAUUAUGGGGAUUCCUAAACUACAGGAGCAUGGCCCAAGUUACAAUCUAGCCCCUAGUGAUCAGAUGAGGCGUCAGCGAUUUGUGCAGCAACAAGUUAUACAAUUUUACACAUUUAUGGGAUCAAAGACAGAAAAACAGAUUGGAUCUGGAUAUUUCAGAGCCAAGCAAACCUCAAAAGACUAGAAAUCUUGUGCUAGUUACCUGGCAGCCAGUCCUAAACACACUGCGCAGCCAGGCAUGGAAUUAUUGGGUGUGUUAAUAUGGAUUAGAAUAACGCUGCUAAAAGGAUGCCGUUAUCACGGUUGAGUGAACCCAUUCUACAGCUAUCUGGUAUAUUUUGUCCUAACCAGAGAUUGUCCCAAAACAGAAUGUUCGACCCAAAUUUCACAGGUUGGUCCCAUCUCUGGGCCCAACCAGAAUACUGACCCAUUUCUUCCACCCUCAAUUUGGAGGACAUUUGGAUUCUGAAUCAAUUCUCAGAGUGGUAGCCGUGUUAGUCUGUAUCUGCAAAAAGAAUGAGGAGUACUUGUGGCACCUUAGAGACUAACAAAUUUAUUUGGGCAUAAGCUUUCGUGGGCUAAAACCCACUUCG